AUGGCUUGUUAUAGCUUCUUUUUUUCUUUGAUAGUGCUAUUGGCUGCAGUUUGUCAUGGCCAAGAUGCUUUUGUCUGCUCCAGAGCAACCUAUUACGGUAGCCCGAAAUGCCGAGCAACAGAAAAUGGAGCUUGUGGGUUUGGUGAAUAUGGGCAGGCUGUCAACAAUGGUGAAGUCACUGGAGUCUCUAGGCUUUACAGGAAUGGAACUGGUUGCGGUGCUUGCUAUCAGGUAAGGUGCAGAAUCCCAGCACACUGCAGCGACGAAGGAGUGAAGGUAGUGGUGACGGAUUAUGGCGAGGGAGACCAUACAGACUUCAUACUGAGUACACGUGCGUACGCAAAAUUGGCUCGACCCAACAUGGCUGAAGAACUAUUUGCGUACGGCGUAGUUGACAUCGAAUACCAAAGAAUUCCCUGUCGUUAUCGUUAUAAUCUUUUCCUAAAAGUCCACGAGCGUAGCAAUUACCCUCACUACUUGGCAGUAGUGCCAUUGUACAAAGAGGGAAUGUAUGAUAUCAUCGCUGUUGAAAUAUGGCUGGAGGAUUGCAAGGAAUGGUGGCCAAUGCGAAGAGUCUUUGGAACAGUAUUCGAUCUUCAAAACCCACCAGCAGGGCCUCUCAACUUCAGACUUCAGGUGGUGGCCGAGGCCAACGCGGAAGUGAAGUUGGUGCAAUUAACCAGUGCCAUUCCCAGUGAUUGGAAAGCUGGAAUUGCUUAUGACACGGCAUUCCAGCUCAACUAA